GUGAUCAUGCAGACAUUGGUGCUUCUCCUUAUUCUAGGAAUAGUGGAUCAAAGCAUCAGCCAGAAUUACAGCCAGUUCAAGUGGCUGUCCUAUCUGCGAGGGCGCCGGAGGCAUGCCGCCUGGCAGGCCGUGGAUGUCGACUGCCCACUGGAAUGUGACUGCCCCUCAACCUUCCCCACUGCUAUGUUCUGUCAAAACCGCAACCUCCAGCAUGUUCCAUACGUUCCCUCACACAUUAAGUAUGUCUACCUGCACCGGAACAAGAUCACAGGCAUCAAAGACGGGGUUUUUGACAAUGCUACCAGCUUGAUCUGGGUCGUGCUGUUUCAAAACCAGCUAGACUCAGACAAGAUCGGCAAGAACGUAUUCAGCAAGCUCAAGCACCUGGACCGGCUCCUCUUGGAUCACAAUGAGCUCACACGUGUGCCUCCAAACUUGCCAAACUCCAUCACAGACCUGCGACUUGGUCACAACAAGAUCUCAAAGAUCCCCUCCAACUCAUUUGAGGGGAUGGCUAACCUCGCCACCCUUGAGCUCCAAGCAAAUGUCAUAGAGGAUGUUGGAGGUAUGUUGAAGGGACUAAAGGUUCUGACAUUGCUGGAUAUGAAGAAAAACAAGCUGAGUAAAAUCCCAGACCACCUCCCAGAGCGGCUGCAGCAGCUCUACCUGGAUUUUAAUAAAAUACAGAGUGUGCCGGCAGGCUUUCUCACCAUGAAUCCCAGACUGCAGUUUGUCCGCUUGGCUCAUAACAAGCUGACUGAUAAAGGACUUCCAUCCAAUGUCUUCAAUGUCAGCACGCUGGUUGAGCUUGACCUUUCUUUCAAUAAACUAGAGAAGAUCCCUGUUGUUAGUAGAAACCUGGAGAACCUUUAUCUACAAGCCAACGAGAUUAAAGAGUUCUCCCUGAGCAGUUUCUGCAAUACCAUCAACAUGACAAACUUCUCCAGUCUGAGAAUGCUGCGAUUGGAUGCCAAUGAGAUCAGUGCCAAAGACAUUCCUGCCGAGGCGGCCUACUGUUUGCGGCACGUUGGCUUUAUUGAGGUUUAGCUCUUCCUGCGCUCUCUCUGAUAUCUCUUAACUCAUCCGAUGUCUUACUUCAUCUGUUAUCCCCCUCCAAUCUCUCUUCAUCUGUCACUUUAUUCAGCGUCAAAACGUAUUUAAGACAAUGCAGUGUUAUAAAAGCUGUUUUCACAAUCAUAAACCCUUAACACAAUUCCAGUAUUAGUCAACGGGAAAUACCAGAGCUGUAUAAUCACCUAUCCAGAUGACAGGCAUAUGUAUCACAAAUACAACAUAUCCAAAGGCCAGAUGACUGAUAUUCCUCUCCUCACACUGUUAUAUUAUCAGAUCCGGUAUUCUGGCAAAAAUAAUAAGAUCAUCAUAAUAACCAUGGAGGUUCUGCUUGUUGUCUGGAAACAUAUCACCAGUAUAAAGCAUCCUGUCAUCAGCUAGUGAUUCAGUUUUGACCUUUGCCUCCACCAUGUGGCACAAGGUGAUAAAACUGUAGA